AUGCUGGAUGAUCGCAUAUUGUUUUCUGCUGCUCCCUCGAGCUCCGAUUUGCUCUCAUUGCUUCUCUUCCUGCUUCUCACCGUCUCCUCAGCUGGUGCCGAUUGUGUCCCGUCCCCAUUCAGUGUGCGAGUUGGCAAUGUGUCUCUCACUAACACUCAAGUUGCCCGCGGGCUCGGCAUCUCCGUAGGGACACCUGGCUGGAACUGUGGCACGGACUGGGCCGAAGCGGGCUGCAUGACCUUUCGCGGAGGGUUGUUCGAUAAAUCAAAGUCAACUUCUGUGCGAGCGACCUCUACAGACUCUUAUCCGACAGACAGUUCGCCGUAUCCCUCUCUAGAAAUAUUCAGUGACACCUUAACCCUCACACCGAGCAUCAAUGUCACCAGAUUUCCCAUUGGAAUGCCGAAGUCAGGCUGGGGAGAGCAAGGAUACCAUCCGCAGGCGGCCAUAGGACUCGGCCGCAACUCCACCUUGUUGAAUGCUCUCGUCAGCACUGGCAAAAUCGCCUCAAGAUCAUGGGCCAUGUUUUGGGGCCGUCAAGGUGCGACAGCAGACGCGCAGAUGGACGGCAAUUUUGUGUUUGGUGGCUACGACCGCGCCAAGGCAUCUGGGGACAACUUCACCCAAGGCUUGGUCUAUUCUAACCCUGCAUGCGGCACUGGCAUGCUGGUAACCAUCACAGACAUUUCAUUGGACUGGAAUAAUGGUACGACUAGGAGUCUUUAUGACGGGAGCCAGUCGGCUGCCAUGUCCGCAUGCAUCGUUCCGGAUUACCCUGUUCUGAUGACCAUCCCUUACGAUCCAUAUUUCAAACGAUUCUCGGAUAUCACGGGGGACAGCAUUUUAUCAUAUGGCCGCUCAUUUGGCAUCAAUUAUUAUGGGAUGCUAUAUCCUCCAGGUGAAAGCCCAUAUUCUGGCGACCUGUCAAUCAGCCUUAGCUCAGGGUUGAAAGUGCGCAUUCCCAACGAUCAGCUCGUCAUCCCGAACCUCACAAUCGACAAGACUACUGGAGCGAUUUUGGCCAACGCGUCCGCUCCCGAGCUUGUACUCAACUCCAUGCAACAAGUAAACGCCGACGAUUUGCCCCAGCUAGGCCGCCAAUUCCUCAGUGGUGCCUACGUCAUGGUCAACCAAGACGCCGGCCAGUUUACCCUGUGGGCAGCCAAGCCCACAACCGAGGAGGAUCUUGUUGCUGUCAAUCCGGACAAUCGCGUGUACAGCUCCUUUUGCGCGCCAGGAGCGUCCAAUCUAGGCGAUGCUACCCAAUCCACCAGCACCUCAAGUCCCACGCAAUCGGCCGCCUCUAAUAGCAACAUUGGACAGUCUCAAAGAGUGGAUGAUGCAAGCAGCGGACUAUCCUCCGGAGCGAUCGCAGGAAUUGUAGUGGGGGGAGUGGCUGGUAUAGCCUUGGUCGCUGCUGGUGUAUUCUUCGCAAUUAUCAAAAGAAGAAGAAGAAGGCAGACGAUACCUACACCUCAAACUGCGGAGGCCUUCACCCCAAAGGUGGUUGACCUGACACCGCGUGCGCCGCAGGAGCUCCCCGGAACCUUGCCAAAUGGAAGAACAACACACGGCAUACUGGACCCUAGAAUGUUUCAGUUCUUUCACAGCUACAGGCGAUACCCCAUCAACGACGUUGGAAAGCUCGAGCGAUACCGCCAGGACGGAGUUCCGGGAUCGAGAACGAAUCCGCAAGCUGGGGACGCAUACAUCACCCGCAUACUAAACGAAUUUUCCAUUUCCGGGCUCAAUGGAGUUUAUUGGUUUUUCGUCAAUGUACCGGAAGUGAUCAGUCUAGCUGAAUUUAAAGAUGCUUCGACUGUUUUGGCUCCUCCAGCGGCCUGUCGCCAGAGCCAUCGCGGCUCAACUGGCUCAAGCGGUGGCGUUUCUGCACUCGCAUGGGAUUGCCCAUGGUGA